GCGAGCCGCGCGCUCUCGCCCCGGGAGGGAGUCACAGGUUCGUACACGCGAGGCCGGGCGCGCGCAGCCGGCACGCGGGUGAAAAGUCUUCCCAGGUGCUGCAGGCGGUGCUGAGGCCCAGGCUCUGCUGCAGGAGCAGCGGCCCGAACCCGCUCCAGCGGCCCACCGCCGCUAGCGGCUUCCGCGUCGCGUGUGUACCCCUGCGCACUGAAGGAAGUCCACCAGCCCUCACCAGCCCCCGCGGACCGUGCAAUGGCCCAGCGUAAGAAUGCCAAGAGCAGCGGCAACAGCAGCAGCAGCGGCUCCGGCAGCGGUAGCUCGAGUGCGGGCAGCAGCGGGGGCAGCAGCAGCCCCGGGGCCCGGAGAGGUCAGAGGCCCUGCGGGGCGGGGAUCUGGGGCCUCGCCUCGGGGUAGGGAGCCGGCUGGCGCGGCGGACGCUGCGGGUGCAUCUCCCCAGGUCCCACCGCGCGCCGCCUCCAUCCCCCGCGACGCUCCUCCUUUAGGCGCGCGGGGCGGAAGCCGCAUUCGGCGGGCCUGGUGGGCGGGCGAGCGAGGGGCCAGGCGGACCGGGGUCCGAGCCCUCGGGAUGGUAGUCUCGGGGAGCCCCUUCCCAGCGGUUCCUUCACCUGCAGGGCGCAGCCGAGACAGGUUGCUGAACGACUGUUUCUUGGCUUUCCGUGGAAUUGAACAUGGGAAGACAAAGCAUGGAGGACACAAGAAUGGGAGGAAAGGCGGACUCUCAGGAACUUCAUUCUUCACGUGGUUUAUGGUGAUUGCAUUGCUGGGCGUCUGGACGUCUGUAGCUGUCGUUUGGUUUGAUCUUGUUGACUAUGAGGAAGUUCUAGGAAAACUAGGAAUCUAUGAUGCUGAUGGUGAUGGAGAUUUUGAUGUGGAUGAUGCCAAAGUUUUAUUAGGACUUAAAGAGAGAUCUACUUCAGAGCCAGCAGUCCCGCGAGAAGAGGCUGAGCCACACACUGAGCCCGAGGAGCAGGUUCCUGUGGAGGCAGAACCCCAGAAUAUCGAAGAUGAAGCAAAAGAACAAAUUCAGUCCCUUCUCCAUGAAAUGGUACAUGCAGAACAUGUUGAAGGAGAAGACUUGCAACAAGAAGAUGGACCCACAGGAGAACCACAACAAGAGGAUGAUGAGUUUCUUAUGGCGACUGAUGUAGAUGAUAGAUUUGAGACCCUGGAACCUGAAGUAUCUCAUGAAGAAACCGAGCAUAGUUACCACGUGGAAGAGACAGUUUCACAAGACUAUAAUCAGGAUAUGGAAGAGAUGAUGUCUGAGCAGGAAAAUCCAGAUUCCAGUGAACCAGUAGUAGAAGAUGAAAGAUUGCACCAUGAUACAGAUAAUGUAACAUACCAAGUCUAUGAGGAACAAGCAGUAUAUGAACCUCCAGAAAAUGAAGAGAUAGAAAUCACAGAAGUAACUGCUCCCCCUGAGGAUAAUCCUGUAGAAGAUUCACAGGUAAUUGUAGAAGAAGUAAGCAUUUUUCCUGUGGAAGAACAACAGGAAGUACCACCAGAAACAAAUAGAAAAACAGAUGAUCCAGAACAAAAAGCAAAAGUUAAGAAAAAGAAGCUUAAACUUUUAAAUAAAUUUGAUAAGACUAUUAAAGCUGAACUUGAUGCUGCAGAAAAACUCCGUAAAAGGGGAAAAAUUGAGGAAGCCGUGAAUGCAUUUAAAGAACUAGUACGCAAAUACCCUCAGAGUCCACGAGCAAGAUAUGGGAAGGCGCAGUGUGAGGAUGAUUUGGCUGAGAAGAGGAGAAGUAAUGAGGUGCUACGUGGAGCCAUUGAGACCUACCAAGAGGUGGCCAGCCUACCUGAUGUCCCUGCAGACCUGCUGAAGCUGAGUUUGAAGCGUCGCUCAGACAGGCAACAAUUUCUAGGUCAUAUGAGAGGUUCCCUGCUUACCCUGCAGAGAUUAGUUCAACUAUUUCCCAAUGAUACUUCCUUAAAAAAUGACCUUGGCGUGGGAUACCUCUUGAUAGGAGAUAAUGACAAUGCAAAGAAAGUUUAUGAAGAGGUGCUGAGUGUGACACCUAAUGAUGGCUUUGCUAAAGUCCAUUAUGGCUUCAUCCUGAAGGCACAGAACAAAAUUGCUGAGAGCAUCCCAUAUUUAAAGGAAGGAAUAGAAUCCGGAGAUCCUGGCACUGAUGAUGGGAGAUUUUAUUUCCACCUGGGGGAUGCCAUGCAGAGAGUUGGGAACAAAGAGGCAUAUAAGUGGUAUGAGCUUGGGCACAAGAGAGGACACUUUGCGUCUGUCUGGCAACGCUCACUCUACAAUGUGAAUGGACUGAAAGCACAGCCUUGGUGGACCCCAAAAGAAACGGGCUACACAGAGUUAGUAAAGUCUUUAGAAAGAAACUGGAAGUUAAUCCGAGAUGAAGGCCUUGCAGUGAUGGAUAAAGCCAAAGGUCUCUUCCUGCCUGAGGAUGAAAACCUGAGGGAAAAAGGGGACUGGAGCCAGUUCACGCUGUGGCAGCAAGGAAGAAGAAAUGAAAAUGCCUGCAAAGGAGCUCCUAAAACCUGUACCUUACUAGAAAAGUUCCCCGAGACAACAGGAUGCAGAAGAGGACAGAUCAAAUAUUCCAUCAUGCACCCCGGGACUCACGUGUGGCCGCACACAGGGCCCACAAACUGCAGGCUCCGAAUGCACCUGGGCUUGGUGAUUCCCAAGGAAGGCUGCAAGAUUCGAUGUGCCAACGAGACCAAGACCUGGGAGGAAGGCAAGGUGCUCAUCUUUGAUGACUCCUUUGAGCACGAGGUAUGGCAGGAUGCCUCAUCUUUCCGGCUGAUAUUCAUCGUGGAUGUGUGGCAUCCGGAACUGACACCACAGCAGAGACGCAGCCUUCCAGCAAUUUAGCAUGAAUUCAUGCAAGCUUGGGAAACUCUGGAGAGAGGCUGCCUUUCUGGUUCCAUCUCCUUGGGUGUGAGGAUAGAAUUUCGAACACCAAGAGUCAAUUCCCUUGACUUGCAGCCCAAGUAAUUCAAAGCCUCCUCCUAGGGUCAGAAGACACUAAAGGGAAUAUUUGCCUCACUGCAAUUCAUUUAGGAAACACCCUGCUGUGUGUCAUCUCAUGACAGCACUGGUCUUCUGCCAGUAUUUAAGGUGAACAUUUGAUAGCUUCUACCUUACCAGCCAAAGAUAUUUUUUCCACAUAGAAUAGGUCUAAUUCAAUGUAUAAUGAGAACAUAUGUAGAAACUGUGAAUGGAUUGCUUUAGUUUGUAACUUUUCUAUGCAGUUAUAUUUUUCUAGUGUAACUAGACUAUUUUGUCAUCAUGUACCACUACAUUUUUGUUUAUUUUAAUGACAAGCUGUAUAAAUGCUUUACUUCUAGCUAUUUAAUGGUAGCAUUACUGGGGAACUCAGACUUCCCUCUUAAUUCUUCUUAGUAAAAGAUACUCAUGAAAAAAGCAGUUUUAUUUUCCUAACAAAAAAGAAAGAGGUCAUUAUGUCAGUGUCUAUGAACUGUACCCAUCCCAACUCUCGAGUCAUUUGGCUUUUUAUCUUGAUUGAGAUCCUCUUCUCACUAUGCUAGUGGUGGAGAUAUUGACAAAAUCCUAUUUCUUUCAAAGAGGAACUUUUCACACCGAAAAAAGAGCAUGGAAUUAUUUUAUAUUGUUAUAAAAAUCCCAGAUGCAAAUUUUUUUAAUGCGAAUUAUUAGAGCUUCUGGGGAAAAAGUAUAGUUCAUGGAAAUAAAACUAUGUUCUUUCAGGGUUAGGUGGAUAGGUGGCUGCUAGGGUGUCUGGCUCCUGGCUGCUUUGCCAUCCAUGAGGCAAGGGCUGGGAACACAGUGUCUUUGCCUAUGGUAGAUCCAUGUGAAUGUCAGGAAGCCAGCUCUUCAGUCUUGGAGAUGAUUUCUGCUACAAUUCUGUAGAAAGAUUAAGGAUGGCAGAGUAAAAGGUUACCAAGAAUUGCCAGGAUGUUUUUCUUGGGCGUAGGAGGUCCAGAUUGCUUUCCUUUUUGAUGAAAGAGUUUGGAAGACUGUCCCAUCUCUCUGGCUUGAGAAAUCUCUGCCAUUUUAAACAUCACUGUGAAAUAGCAAUUAUUAUCAUCUAUAUUUAGUUUUAACAUUACCCACAACAUAGAAAUAACAGGUAAAAAUCGUCUUGCCUACUCAUUCCAAAGAUGAUCAAGUCAUUAAUCUAGUAAAGUAUUCAUGCAUCAGAUUUUGUAUAUUUUGAAUCAAAGCUAACUAGAAAUGUUAGAUAAAAGAAUGCAAUGAUAUUCAUGCACUGAAUUCUAAGCCAAUAUGAACAAAAAUGCUGCAUGAAUGGCAGGUACAUCACCAAAGUUCAUUCACAGGUAGAGAAAACUUGUGCUUUCUUUUCCAUCUAAAAACAAAAGGAGACUUUCUUUAUCUCAUUUAAAGAACAGCUCUUUGAAAUUGAAAUUGACCCUUUUUGCUUGACCUUAAGGAGAUUAGCUUCCAGUAGAUGAGUUUGCAAAAUACUUUUCCUGUUCUUUUGUUUUGCUGGUAUUGAAAACAUCCCACUAAAUCAGAUGAAGAGGCAUGGGAGGAAAAAUAUCCAAAUUAAUUACUAAAAUCGAGAAGAGAAGGCAAACUCUUGAAAAGUAAAAAGGUGUUUGUGUCCUUCAGUAUUUAUUGAACAGAGGAAAUAACUGACAAGGGCAAUACAAUUCAAUGUUCAUGUAGUAACAUUCGUGUCACUUGUUGAAUUUGGUUCUCAUAUGUAUAUUGCAUACACAUAAAUUCAAACUAUAAGUCGUCAUUGUUGAGCCAUCAUCUUACAUUCAUGUAAUGAAAUUAUGGAAGAGAGUAAAAACUAGCUCUUAACUUUUUAAAUAUAAUAUGGUAUUUAAAAUCAGGUCACUACAGUAAGGUUCUAAGUAUUGCCAAUUGAAAAGCUAGAAAUGGUAUUACUGUUGCAAAGUGUUGUCAAUAAUUGACUCCAAUAGCAUUGUAAAUACUUGUAUCCCACAACUAUUUUAAACCCAAGCAAUAAAAUGGAUUUUCUAAUUCA